AUGGAACCCUUUCCUCGUCUGGAUCAAGAUGCUCAGACAGAACAACUCUCACGGCCGUCCACCGUCCAAGACUCCAACCGGGCCGUGGAGAAUCGUCCUGCAUCGUCUUCCAUAAGUUCCUCUUCCAUUGGUGAACGCCUCCGUCGCGUGUCGACAAGUUUUGAACAAUCCGAACUCCCUGGAGGCUUCUUUGCCGCCACGGGCGGAAUAGCUUCGUCCAUUCUCUCACGCCAGCCUGUUCCCCGACCCAUUUCCGACUCGAUCGGCUCGUCAUCGACCGAAGCCCCCCCUGCUGCUCUUUGCAGCACAGCAUUCACAUCAACCCCAUGCCAGGCUGUUUCCGAAGAAACCGGCGCCGAGGCCAGAUACGAUGGCCGCACCGGCACGCAAACAAAACCCAGCCCGCUGCGCGAGUCUGUGUCCGAGCCCGCGUCCGCCGCCGCUUUUGCAAACGGCUACCACUUCCCGCCGAAACACUCCUUCUGCGAAUCGGUGAAACUCAGCUCUCUUGCCUUUUGGCGAUAUCUUCUCACUCCCAUGGGCUUUUUCGUCACCGUGUACGGCCUGAAUGUGGUGGCAUGGGGCGGGAUGCUGUUCCUCCUUCUUUGCAACGCUGCGCCCGCAAUGUGCCAUCCCACCUGCAACGACAUCAACUCUCCAAGAAGAAUAUGGAUUGAAAUUGACUCUCAGAUUCUCAAUGCCCUCUUCUGCGUGACUGGAUUCGGCCUCGCUCCUUGGCGGUUCAGAGACCUUCAUUUUCUUCUACAAUAUAGGUUCUACAAGAAGAUGAUUGCGCUUCGCCGGCUAGCGGGCAUUCAUCGAGGGUGGUUCCGGCUGCGCGGCUCGAACGAACUGCCGUUACACCUCGGCCCGCGUAAUGUUGGCCAAGACGAAUUCCAAUCAGCUCCACGUUACGCGAUCCCCUUUCCGGAGAUCAAAGUCCCCGAAAUUCCUCUCACAGGAGUGCGAGCUCGGCCCACGGUUUUAUGGAAGCUAGACCUUGUCAUCUGGCUCAUGGUGUCCAACACAUUCUUGCAGUGUGCCCUUGCCGGGCUCAUGUGGGGUAUGAAUCGGUAUAAUAGGCCGGGCUGGGCCACGGGACUCCUCAUAGCUCUGGGUUGUGUUGUUGCCGGGGCUGGCGGACUCAUCAUGUUUCUGGAGGGGAAGGUCGUCAAGAGGAUAGAAGGUGUGCCGGUAAGCGAGAAGGAUCUAGCUCGAUUACAACAGGACAGAGAGAAGGGUGUGUGGCACUUUAAUAACAUCAAGGAUAAGAUUGAGCGACGUCGAAGUCAGUCCAAGGUCUGA